UAUCCAAUAGUACGGUCCUGGAAAGAAACGUCGAAAAACGAUGUCGCUUGACAAUUUGUAGGUUAAAGUUUGUUUAGUGUUCGGUGGUGUUUUCUUCAUUCACCAUGGCGGAUGCUGCGGCGCGGCAACUUCAAUAUGAAUAUAAAGCGAAUUCAAAUUUGGUCCUACAAGCCGAUGUCCGUCUUAUCGAGCGUAGAAGUCGCGAUGAAGCCACCGGCGAGGUCAUGUCCCUUUCGGGCAAACUCCUGGGGACACGAAUGGGUGAUCGCGCUCAGCGUACACGACCCGGCAAGGCAGAAGAACGUAAAGUGAAGCGUCAGAAGCGCGAUGAGGCACAAUAUGAUUUCACACGCAUGAAGGGCGCUACGCUUUUAUCUGAAGGUGUCGAUGAAAUGGUUGGCAUUCUUUAUCGUCCUAAAACACAGGAAACUCGCCAGACUUAUGAAGUUCUACUGAGUUUUCUACAGGAAGCACUUGGUGAUCAACCAAGGGACAUUCUCUGUGGUGCUGCUGAUGAGGUACUCACAGUGUUAAAGAAUGACCGGUUGAAGGAACGCGAGAAGAAAAAGGAAGCGGAAUCUUUGAUCGGUAAUAUUGCAGAUGAACGUUUUGCAUUAUUAGUGAAUCUGGGUAAGAAGAUCACUGAUUUUGGCAGUGAUGACACAAAAACCGCUAACACAGGCGAUGAUAAUAUUGAUGAGCAGUAUGGGAUCAAUGUACAAUUUGAAGAGUCUGAAGAGGAAGAUGAUGAAGAUAUGUUUGGUGAAGUCAGGGAAGAAUUAGAUGAGGAGGAAGGUGAGGAAGCAAGAGAAGAUGGAGCUAUCCAUGCAGAAAAUUUAGGUGGUGUUGAAGAGAUGAAGAAGGAAAAACCGCUCCAUCCGUUGGAUAUCGACGCAUAUUGGCUACAGCGAAGAUUGUCUAAAAUCUAUGAUGAUGCCAUGGUGUCACAUGCAAAAGCAAAUGAAGUUUUGACUGUUUUAAAAGAUGCUAAUGAUGAUAGAGAGUGUGAGAAUCAACUUGUCUUACUCUUGGGUUACGAUUGUUUUGAUUUCAUCAAACAAUUGAAGAAACACAGACAAAUGAUUUUAUACUGCACGAUGUUAGCAAAGUCACAAAGUGAAUCAGAAAGACAAAAAAUACGCGAACAAAUGGUAGAGGACAGUAGUCUAUCCAAAAUUCUAAAAGUUUUGGACACCGGUAAAGAUGAUGAUGACGAUGAUGGCGAUGCCGGAGCGCGGUCAUCAAACCGUAAAAGCACAGCAAAUGACAGCGAUAUGGGCGCCGGUGGGAAUGUCCCUGGUUCCCGACAAGUAAUAGAUUUUGAAGAUUUAGUCUUCGCGCAAGGCAGCCAUUUCAUGGCGAACAAACGAUGUCAACUACCUGAUGGUUCAUUCCGAAAACAACGCAAAGGAUACGAAGAAGUACACGUCCCAGCGUUGAAACCCAAACCAUUUGCAGACACUGAAAAAUUAAAACCAAUCGAUGAGCUGCCAAAAUACGUCCAACCUGUUUUCGAUGGUUUUAGAACAUUGAAUCGCAUUCAGAGCAGGCUGUGUAAAACUGCACUGGACUCCGAUGAGAAUCUAUUGCUUUGUGCGCCGACUGGUGCGGGUAAAACCAAUGUAGCGCUGUUGACUAUGAUGCGUGAGAUUGGCAAACACAUUAAUGAUGAUGGUACAAUCAACGCGGAUGAGUUUAAAAUUAUUUACGUCGCGCCCAUGCGGUCAUUAGUACAGGAAAUGGUUGGAAACUUUGGCAAACGUCUUGCUAGUUAUAAUUUGACUGUUUCUGAAUUGACUGGUGAUCAUCAGCUGACAAGAGAACAGAUUGCAGAUACGCAAGUAAUUGUCUGCACUCCUGAAAAGUGGGAUAUUAUUACUCGUAAAGGUGGAGAGAAAACUUUUACUUCACUUGUAAGAUUGAUCAUCAUCGAUGAAAUUCAUUUGUUGCAUGAUGAACGAGGCCCGGUGCUGGAAGCUUUGGUCGCGCGUACGAUUCGUAUGAUUGAAGCAACACAGGAAGAUGUACGUUUAGUAGGUUUAUCUGCUACACUUCCGAAUUAUCAAGAUGUUGCUACUUUCCUUCGUAUUAAACCGGAGACUGGCCUGUUUCACUUUGAUAACAGUUACAGACCGGUUGCUUUGGAACAACAGUACAUAGGCGUUACAGAAAAGAAAGCCUUGAAGAGAUACCAGGUAAUGAAUGAGAUUGUCUACGAGAAAACCAUGGAGCAUGCCGGUAAGAAUCAAGUGUUGAUUUUUGUGCAUUCACGUAAAGAAACCGGAAAAACCGCGCGGGCAAUAAGAGACAUGUGUUUAGAAAAAGAUACUUUAGGACAGUUUUUGCGAGAAGGAUCAGCAUCCAUGGAGGUGUUAAGAACGGAAGCAGAACAGGUAAAAAAUCAAGAGCUGAAAGAUCUGUUACCAUAUGGGUUUGCUAUUCAUCACGCUGGUAUGACUAGAGUGGAUCGUACUCUUGUUGAAGAUUUGUUUGCUGAUAGACACAUUCAAGUAUUAGUUUCGACUGCAACUUUAGCUUGGGGUGUCAACUUACCAGCUCACACUGUAAUCAUCAAGGGUACGCAGAUUUACAAUCCGGAAAAAGGUCGCUGGGUGGAGUUGAGCGCUCUGGAUGUAUUGCAAAUGUUGGGUCGUGCUGGUCGCCCGCAAUACGACACCAAAGGUGAAGGUAUCUUGAUCACCAACCACAGUGAAUUGCAAUAUUAUCUGUCGUUGCUGAAUCAACAGUUGCCUAUAGAAUCACAGCUUAUUUCGAAGUUACCGGACAUGUUGAAUGCUGAAAUUGUGCUCGGGACAGUACAAACUGUUAAAGAUGCUGUGACUUGGUUGGGUUAUUCAUAUCUCUAUAUUCGCAUGCUUCGGCAACCUACUUUGUAUGGUAUAUCACAUGAUCAUACUAAAGAUGAUCCGUUAUUAGAGUUUCAUCGUGGUGAUAUUGUUCAUACUGCUGCUUUGCACUUGGAUCGCAGUGGGCUGAUAAAAUAUGAUCGUAAAACUGGUCAGUUUCAAGUUACUGAACUCGGUCGCAUUGCUUCGCAUUAUUACUGCACACAUGAAACAAUGUCUACAUAUAACCAACUUCUGAAACCGAUGCUUAGCGAAAUUGAACUUUUCCGCGUGUUUAGUCUCUCUGGGGAGUUUCGUAAUAUUGCGGUGCGUGAAGAGGAAAAAAUUGAAUUACAGAAACUUAUGGAGCGUGUACCUAUUCCAAUCAAGGAAAGUAUUGAGGAACCCAGCGCGAAAGUAAAUGUUUUAUUGCAAGCUUACAUUUCUCAAUUAAAACUGGAAGGGUUUGCAUUGAUGUCCGAUAUGGUUUAUGUUACUCAAUCAGCCGCUCGUUUAAUGCGUGCUAUUUUUGAAAUUGUUUUGCAUCGUGGAUGGGCACAACUCACGGAUAAAACGUUGGCGUUGUGCAAAAUGAUUGAUAAAAGAAUGUGGCAGUCGAUGUCUCCUCUGAGGCAGUUUAGAAAGAUGCCUGAGGAGAUCGUGAAAAAAAUCGAGAAGAAAAACUUUCCUUGGGAGCGACUUUAUGAUCUUGGCCCGAAUGAAAUUGGUGAAUUGAUCAGAGUACCCAAAUUAGGGAAGACCAUUCAUAAAUAUGUGCAUCAAUUUCCAAAGUUGGAACUAUCAACACAUAUUCAACCGAUUACGAGAUCUACGCUUAGAGUUGAGUUGACAAUUACACCGGAUUUCCAGUGGGAUGAUAAACUACAUGGCGCAUCGGAAGGGUUUUGGAUUUUGGUUGAGGAUGUAGAUUCAGAGGAGAUUCUGCAUAGUGAGUACUUUCUGUUGAAGGCAAAGUUUGCACAGGAUGAACAUUUGAUUAAGUUUUUCGUGCCGGUGUUUGAACCUUUGCCACCGCAGUAUUUCCUUAGAGUGGUGUCAGAUAGAUGGAUUGGUGCUGAAACACAGCUGCCUGUAUCAUUUAGACAUUUGAUUUUACCGGAGAAGAACUUUCCACCUACAGAGUUGUUGGAUUUACAGCCAUUGCCUGUGACAGCUUUAAGAAAUCCCAAGUAUGAAGCAAUGUACACUGAGAAGUUUCCACAAUUCAAUCCGAUUCAGACACAAGUUUUUAACGCGGUAUAUAAUUCAGAUGAUAAUGUAUACAUUGGCGCACCUAGCGGCAGUGGAAAAACCGCUAUUGCUGAAUUUGCUAUUCUACGACUAUUCCAGAAUAAUCCAGAGGGACGCUGUGUGUAUCUUGUACCUGAGGAAGCACUUGCCGAUUUAGUAUUCGCUGACUGGCAUAAUAAAUUCGGUCAAGUACUCGGUAAGAAAGUAGUUCUUCUCACAGGAGAAACAGGCACAGAUCUCAAGCUUUUAGCAAAGGGUCAGGUGGUGAUUACCACCGCAGAAAAGUGGGAUAUUCUUUCGCGGCGUUGGAAACAACGUAAAAAUGUACAAAACAUCAACUUGUUUAUCGUGGACGAGUUACAUUUGAUUGGUGGUGAGGACGGACCAGUUAUUGAAGUUGUCUGCUCUAGAAUGAGAUACAUUUCCUCACAAAUUGAGAAACCUAUUAGAAUCGUCGCGUUGUCUUCGUCUCUGACUGACUAUAAAGAUGUCGCCCAAUGGUUGGGAUGCAACGCGAAUUGCACCUUCAAUUUCCAUCCGAGUGUACGUCCAGUUCCCUUGGAAUUGCACGUGCAAGGCUUGAAUAUCACUCAUAACGCAUCGAGAAUGAUUGCUAUGUCAAAACCGGUGUAUAACGCCAUUGUAAGGUACAGCACUCAUCGCCCGGUGAUUAUUUUUGUUCCUACCAGGAGACAAGCGAGGCUUACAGCUAUUGAUAUGUUGACAUAUGCCGCUGCAGAGUCACAACCGAAUCGAUUCUUCCACGCAGAAGAGGAAGAUAUCAAGCCGUUCUUAGAUAGAAUGACUGAUAAGACCCUGAAGGAGACUCUAUCACAAGGUGUUGCAUAUAUGCAUGAAGGUCUCACUGCAAGUGAUCAUCGAUUAGUUGAGCAAUUAUUUGACUCUGGUGCUGUGCAAGUAGCAGUGGUCACGCGGGAUCUAUGCUGGGGUGUAAAUAUCUUUGCACAUUUGGUUAUCAUUAUGGAUACACAGUUCUAUAAUGGUAAGGUUCACGCGUAUGAAGACUACCCUGUUACAGAUGUACUUCAAAUGGUUGGAAGGGCGAAUAGACCUUUAGAUGAUGACGAUGCAAAAUGUGUGUUGAUGUGUCAAAGCUCUAAAAAAGACUUUUUCAAGAAAUUUUUGAAUGAUUCUCUACCGGUUGAAAGUCAUUUGGAUCAUCGAAUGCACGAUCAUUUUAACGCGGAAAUCGUGACGAAAACUAUUGAGAACAAGCAGGACGCUGUGGAUUACUUGACGUGGACAUUCCUCUAUCGUAGACUCACACAAAACCCCAACUAUUACAACCUGCAAGGUGUCACACAUCGUCACCUUUCAGAUCAUCUCUCGGAGUUGGUUGAGAAUACACUCUCGGACUUGGAACAGUCGAAAUGUAUCAGUAUUGAGGAAGAAAUGGACACGUUACCACUCAAUCUCGGCAUGAUUGCAGCGUAUUACUAUAUUAACUACACCACCAUUGAACUCUUCAGUUUGUCUCUUAAUAGCAAGACUAAAAUCCGUGGAUUGUUGGAGAUUAUCUCUUCGGCAGCCGAGUAUGAAGAUUUGCCGGUGCGUCAUCAUGAAGAUAAUCUUCUCCGUACCCUGUCGCAACGUUUACCGAAUAAACUGACAAAUUCAUCGGGAGGUCAGCCGAAAUACAAUGAUCCGCAUAUCAAGACCAAUUUAUUACUGCAAGCGCAUCUGUGUAGACUGCAGUUGGGUGCCGAGUUGCAGGGUGAUACGGAAAUUGUUCUUUCGAAGGCAAUUCGGUUGAUUCAGGCGUGUGUGGAUGUUCUCAGCUCAAACGGCUGGUUGUCACCGGCGGUGGCGGCGAUGGAGUUGGCUCAGAUGGUGACACAAGCAAUGUGGAGCAAGGAUUCGUACUUGAAACAAUUACCACAUUUCACAAAUGAUAUUAUUAAGCGUUGCACCGAUAAGAAUGUUGAUACAGUGUUUGAUAUCAUGGAACUCGAAGAUGAUGAUAGAUCUAAACUUCUGCAGUUGAGCGAUGCACAAAUGGCGGACGUAGCGAAAUUCUGCAAUCGCUAUCCUAACAUCGAGAUGAGUUACGAGGUGCUUGAGAAAGACCACAUUCGUUCCGGCAGUUCCGUACACGUGGCUGUGCAACUAGAACGCGAGGAUGAAGUCACUGGUCCGGUUAUUGCUCCAUUUUAUCCACAGAAACGUGAGGAAGGAUGGUGGGUGGUGAUUGGCGAUGCGAUAACCAAUUCAUUGCUUUCAAUCAAACGGCUUACACUACAGCAAAAGGCGCGUGUCAAGUUGGACUUUGUGGCGCCAAGUCCGGGCCAUCAUGGUUAUACCCUUUAUUUCAUGAGCGACGCUUAUCUUGGCUGCGAUCAAGAGUACAAGUUCACAAUCGAAGUGGGCGAGUUUGAGUCGAGCGCAUCUGACUCCGAGUAAUUCACAUACCAACGUAUGGGUAGAAAUAGUUUUAUACAAAUAUACAGUAGAGUGCUUAGUUUUAAGUUUUAAAAAAAAUUAAAUAAGAUUAUAUUAA